GUGCUUUUCCGGAAAUUGACGCGGUCCCGCCCCGGGCGGCGCGCGACUGUGUGGGAAAUUCGGAAUGAGACUCCUGGCGAAGGCCGGCGCCGGGCUGCUGAGCGCCCAUGCACGCGCUGUCACUCCCUGUCUUUGGAGAGGGAAGUACUUCAGCUCCGGGAAAGAGCCGGUAGAAAACCAGCCGGUGACUCCGAUACUGCGUCAUCUUAUGUACAAAAUCAAGUCUACUGGCCCCAUCACUGUAGCCGAGUACAUGAAGGAGGUCUUGACCAACCCAGCCAAGGGAUAUUAUGUGCACCGUGACAUGCUAGGAGAAAAAGGAGAUUUCAUUACUUCACCUGAAAUAAGUCAGAUCUUUGGGGAGCUACUGGGGAUAUGGUUUAUCAGUGAAUGGAUGGCCACUGGAAAAACUGCAGCUUUCCAGCUGGUAGAACUGGGCCCAGGUCGGGGUACCCUUGCAGGAGAUAUUUUGAGGGUGUUCAGUCAGCUUGGAUCUGUGUUGAAAAACUGUGACAUUUCAAUACAUCUGGUAGAGGUGAGCCAAAAGUUAAGUGAGAUUCAAGCAUUAACACUGACUGAGGAGAAGGUCCCAUUAGAACGAAGUGAUGGAUCACCAGUAUAUAUGAAAGGUGUUUCUAAGUCUGGGAUUCCAAUUUCCUGGUACCGAGAUCUGCGGGAUGUGCCAAAAGGGUACAGCUUUUAUCUUGCACAUGAAUUUUUUGACGUUCUUCCUGUGCAUAAAUUUCAGAAAACACCACAAGGAUGGCGAGAAGUAUUCAUUGAUAUUGACCCACAAGUCUCUGAUAAACUGAGGUUUGUUUUGGCGCCUUGUGCCACCCCAGCAGAAGCCUUCAUACAACAUGAUGAAACAAGGGAUCACGUGGAAGUGUGUCCUGAUGCUGGUGUUAUAAUUCAGGAACUUUCUCAACGCAUUGCACUAACUGGAGGUGCCGCACUGAUUGCUGAUUAUGGUCAUGAUGGGACUAAGACAGAUACCUUCAGAGGGUUUUGUGGCCACAAGCUUCAUGAUGUCUUAAUUGCCCCAGGAACAGCCGACCUAACAGCUGAUGUGGACUUCAGUUAUUUGCGCAGAAUGGCACAGGAAAAAGUAGCUUCUCUGGGUCCAAUAAAACAACAAACGUUUUUAAAAAAUAUGGGCAUUGAUGUCCGGCUGAAGGUUCUUCUAGAUAAAUCAGAUGAGCCGUCACUGAGGCAGCAGUUACUUCAGGGGUAUGAUAUGUUAAUGAAUCCUAAGAAGAUGGGAGAAAGAUUUAACUUUUUUGCCUUGCUGCCUCAUCAGAGACUUCAUGGUGGAAGCCAUCAGAGCAAUUCCCGUCAGUCAAAACCCUCUCCAACACCCGUAGCUGGGUUUAGUGAACUUGUUUGGCAGUGAUAUUUCAAUGUGGACUUUUUUGCCCCCAAGUCUGCCUAAGAAACUAAAAUAAAGGGAACAUAUUUCA